AUGCCCGAAAUAGGUUCAUGUACUGAUAUAACAUGUGAUGAUGAAAUUAAAGAAUUAUAUGAAUGUCAUUGUUGCUUACGUCUUGUUUGUUUAUAUCAUUUGAAUGGACAUGUUGAAAUAACAAAACAAAAUAAACAACGACAACUAUACAAUCUUCGUAAUGAAUUAAAUACAGUUGUAAAUACACUUAAAUUAAUUGUUGAAGAAAAAUUAUUAACUAUUGAACGUGAACAAAAUUUGAUUGAACAAGCAAAAAAAUUUCUUGAUGUACCUAGUAGUUCAAUUGAUGAACUGCAAAAUAUUUUCGAAAAAAUUAAUCAAACAAUAGCAUCAAAUCGUUCAGAAGAAAUCAUGCUGAAAGUUGAACCAUCAUUAUUAGAAACUAAAUGUUGUUCUGAUGUUUGCAAAUGUAAUAAGGAAAACAAGAAUCCAAAUAGUAAGAUAAAAUCUCUUUCUAAAAUCUUUUUUUUUUUUUCGUUUCAUUCUAUUUAUUCUUGUUUGUUUCGGUCAAAUCAUAGAUAUUGAUGUCUAACGAAGGAGCUAACAGAAGUUAUUAAUCACCAUUUGAACUCAUAUUGACACUAGCAAGAUUUCUUAGUAAAAGUAGCUGCAGUUAAUCAGCCAAGUCAUGACUGUUCUACCAAAUUUUCGAUGUGCAAAUGUCCAUAGAUAUUGCAUCUCUUGGUAAAUUUGAUUUUUGUCAGUGCCUAUUGAAUACAAAUUUGAUAUCUCGAUGAAUGAACAUCUGUUUUUUAUUUCGCUUAAGAUCUCAAAUUUUUGACUUAAUCAAUCAAUGGAUGGAAUUCGGUUAAUUUAUUAUCGAAUAAAUACUGAACAAUGGGUCGAAAAUUCAUUCAAUCCGUUCAUAGGUACGAUUCAUUUCAAGCCUUUUCUACUCUUAGCAAGUUUUUAUUGUUGGUCUAAUAUGGGUUCAAAUCGUAGAGAUCAGUUUAUGUAGUUCUUUCGUAGGAUAAAAAGAAAGCCUUCAAAAUAUAAGUUUUUUGUAUGUUUAGAUGUAGCAGAAGAAUCGAGAAUCUCAAAAGGUAAGUUAAAUUUUCUUUAACUUCAAAAAAAGAGAAACAAACAUUAUUGAUUUCAGAUGAUGAAUAUGCAACGGAUAUCAAUCAUAAUUUUGUUGAUAUCAUUUCAGUUGGGUAAGUUUCUUUUUUACUGAAAAAAAAAAGAUUUGACACCGAUUGCAUAUUUUUCUUUUUUUAGUGAACCGGCAGAAUCUAUUCAGGUAAAUAUAAUUAUAUCCAUGAAAGUGUUGAUAAAAUCACGUUUUGAAUUGAAAUAUGUCAAAUAUUGCCAUGUCGUAUUUAAUUAUUCAUUAAACAUAACAAUAUAAUUAUUUGUUUUUAACAGAUAAUAUUAAAAAGAAACAAUAAUAAACAUGUUCAAAAUAAUGUUAUUAUAUAAAUACGAAAGUGAAUUCCAAAAGGAUCCGAGUCGACAGAUUGGAUUCUGUAUUACCGCAGAAGAACGAGAUUUUCUGCAAAUUAGGUUAGUUGUAUUUGAUUCUCCUUGCAGAUUAGUACUCGAUAUAAACCGUGUACAUAUUCUAUCUAUCCAGACUUGCCAAAGCUUUUUGACAGUGGAAAGGCCUCGCAGCGGUCCUGAUUUCCUGAUUUUUUGUAGUCGUCCUGAUUCAUCUUGAUUUUGGUACAAGAUCCUGAUUUCCUGAUUUUUGGUGCUUUUCGAAACUAAAUAAUUUCUCUAGAAAAUUUCGGUUUAGUCUCAGUGUAGGCGUUUCAGAAAUUCUGUCUUAAAUUGAUGAAGAUACUAUUUUUUCAAUGAUCGCGUUGUUCAUCUUGUUUGAAGAAUAGAUGAAAUUCUUUAUGAACUAAAAAAAAUGUCGGUGAAUAUAUGAAAAAAUUCAUCUGUUUUUUUUUUUACAAGAUUCAUACAAAAUCUUGUAUCAUUAUUCAGUAAGAAAAAAAAAAAGAAAAGACAGGCACAAGUUAGUUAGUUAAUAGAUCUGGAAGUCGAGAGUCCGAUGAAUAAUCAACUCUCUUCGUUGGAUUACCGUCGACGAAUCUCAUGAAUGAACUUCUCAAGAUGUCCCCUUGCUUUUGACCUGAUAUUUUGGCUAUAUCUUGGGACCUCUGGACUAGAAUAACCUUAAGUUGGCUUACUUGCCUGGCCAUUUGAGCUUGAUUUAUCAUGGAUUCUGGACUUAUGACACUAGGUUAUCUGGAACAGCAAAUAUGUGGA